AUGUCGACCACAGUUGAGAAGAUCAAACAAAUCGAGGACGAGAUGGCUCGGACUCAGAAGAAUAAAGCGACGGCGUUUCACUUGGGACAAUUAAAGGCUAAACUGGCGAAGCUAAAAAGAGAACUCUUGUCUCCAUCUGGCGGCGGUGGAGGUGGAGGUGCGGGUUUCGAUGUUGCUCGUACUGGUGUUGCUAGUGUUGGGUUCAUUGGUUUUCCUUCAGUCGGCAAGAGUACCCUGAUGAGUAAACUGACAGGCCAGCAUUCGGAAGCUGCUGCAUAUGAGUUCACGACCUUGACGACGGUGCCUGGACAGGUGAUGUAUAAUGGCGCCAAAAUCCAGAUCCUUGAUCUUCCCGGUAUCAUUCAGGGUGCCAAAGACGGUAAGGGUCGUGGUCGGCAGGUCAUUGCGGUGGCGAAGACUUGCCAUCUUAUCUUCAUUGUGCUGGAUGUCAACAAACCGCUAGUCGACAAGAAGGUGAUCGAAACCGAACUAGAAGGCUUUGGGAUCCGAAUCAACAAGCAACCUCCCAACAUUGUCUUCAAGAAGAAAGAUAAGGGUGGUAUUGCAAUUACCAGCACGGUUCCUUUGACACAUAUUGACUAUGAUGAAGUCAAAGCUGUCUUGGGCGAGUAUAAGAUCUCUUCUGCAGAUAUUUCCAUUCGAUGCGAUGCAACGGUCGACGACAUUAUUGAUGUCCUUGAAGCCAAGAGCCGAGCCUAUAUCCCGGUUGUCUAUGCUUUGAACAAGAUUGACUCCAUCUCGAUCCAGGAAUUGGACCUUCUGUAUCGGAUACCCAACGCCUGUCCCAUCAGCUCCGAGCAUGGAUGGAAUAUCGAUGAGCUACUAGAGAUGAUGUGGGAAAAGCUCAAUCUUCGGCGGGUCUACACCAAACCCAAGGGCAAGGCUCCCGAUUACACUGCUCCUGUCGUGCUUAGGGCCAAUGCCUGCACAAUUGAAGACUUUUGCAAUUCCAUUCACCGAACAAUCAAGGAUCAAUUCAAGCAGGCCAUUGUAUACGGACGCUCUGUGAAGCACCAACCGCAGCGUGUUGGUCUCACCCACGAGCUCGCAGACGAGGAUAUUGGUUCGCAUACCCCUUCGCUCCAACUAUCCUAG